AUGACCGAGGACUGGGUGGGCGUUGUACUGUUUGCGGGGCUCUACGGCUGGAGCAUGGAGACCGACGAGACUCAGGGGUACAAGGCUGGCUUGUCGUCGUCGUCGUCGUCGCUGUCCGAGGUCAUUGCAAGGAUGGGCGGUGAGGCUGGGGAUUCAAUGGUGGGAGCCAGGGCUGACCGUGGUGGUGCGGCUCGUGCGCGGGUGGCAUCGGCGCUCCCGCCGCAUAUCCUUGUGCAGGCGGCGUCGCGGUCCGAGUCGUCGAUGUCGUUGGCGGCGUCGUCAUCAUCGAUGAUGUCGACAACGGAUGGGGCCGAGACCGAGGGCGAGGCGCCGGUGGGGGAAGCGGUUGCCAAGGCGACGAUGAUCGCGGCGGGCGUUGACGUUGCCGGCAGUGAUCUGGUGAAAGAGGACGGAUGCGUGGUGAGUGGGACGAGGGAGGCGCUGACGUGGGCGCUGGUUGAUCCGUCGUGCAGCGGAGACGAAGCGCUCCUGGAGGACUUUCUGCUCACCUACCGGUACUUUACCACGCCACACGAGCUUGUGUCGCUGCUAGCAAGCAUGUUUGGAGCAGGCGCGGGCGAGGGCGGUGCUGGGGCACCGGCGCAGCUGCGGGUGCUGGCGCUGAUGCGUGCGCUGCUUGAGACCGACGCGCAUCUGUUUGCAGGCACCGACGGCGAGUCGAUGGCGACGCUCGACAACUUGUUGACGUUCGUUGACCGGGCGUUGCGGAUGCGGCCAGCGGGCGAGGUAGUAGAGGCGCUGCGGGAGCUCGCGCGCUGCGCUAUCCAUGUCGAGGGUUCGCUGCCGGACAAGGCCCACUCGCCACUGCUCGAGCACCUGCCGCCCAACGCACCGCUGCAAAUGGUGCUCGACCGGCUGGCGCCGGCCAAUCCAAAGGCCUUUCCGGCAGCCGAGGCGGCAAGCAUUGUGGCAUCACUCGAUGUCGCAGACGUGGCGCGGCAGGUGACCCUCAUUUCGUUUGGCCUCUUCUCGCGGAUCGAGCCGCUCGAGUGCCUGCGGUCGACGUUCUCGGACGACCCUGCAGCGGCGCCGGCGUUCACGGCGUGGACUCGAUUCACCAACCGGAUGCGAGCAUGGUUGGUGAGCCUUGUCCUCGCGCCGCAGAAGAAGAAGGACCGCAUCAGGCUCUACACCAAGCUUCUUGCGCUCCCGCACGAGUUUCUUAAGCUGAGUAACUUUCACGACGCACUCAACGCGUGGAUCGCGCUCGACGUAACGCCCGCCAUUGCGCGGCUCAAAGUACUGCGGAGCGCGGUGCCCGAGGCUGCGCUGGCAGCACUCAAGCCGAUACAGAUCUUGUUUGAGCCGCGCAAGAACAACGCCAACUACCAGGCGGCGCUUUUCAAGGCAACACCGCCGCUUGUGCCGGUCCUCUCGAUCUUCUCGUCGCUGCUGUACAAGACCGACGAUGCGCAGCCGGACGUGCUCAGCUCGGGCCACGUCAACUUUCGCAAGCUGCGGCUCAUGGGCUCGAUCAUGCACAAGGUGCUUCAGUACCAGACGACGCCGUACUACAUGCAGGCCAACAGCCAGCUCAUCAAGUACCUGCAGAGCGCACAGGUCUACCCCGAGUCGCAGUGGAACGAACUCUCGGUCAAGAUCGAGCGGGCCAAGGGCCGCGGCAAGGGCUGGUUCUCGUGAUCCGCGCUAGUGGUCGAGACGGGUUGUGGCAGAAAAGCAAGCUGUAGGAGCUGGACGACGCAGAUACCCGAGAGGUUGGAGAGCACACCGGCGACGUCCUGUGGGGACGCACACUCAAGAAGCGAGGAGGCACGAAGCGUAAAGAUGCCGACAGCGAGGGCGGGCACGACGUAAAGCGAGUCAUAGG